AUGAUCAACCAGCAUGUCUACAAAGAGAUCCUGCAGUGUUUGCUUCAUUCAGUGCAUGAGAAGAGGCGAGAGUUGUGGCAGGACAACUCGUGUCUGCUUCACCACGACAACAUGCCAGCUCACAACGCCCUGAGCAUCCGGCAGUUCCUUGCCGAGAAGAACACUGCCAUGCUGGAGCAAGCUCCCUACUCACCCGACCUGGCUCCGUGUGAUUUUUCCCUAUUCCCCAAACUCAAGGCGGUCAUCAAGGGGACCCGUUUUCUGGACAUGGAAGACAUCAAGAGGGCUGUGACGACAGAGUUGCGGAGAAUCCUGAGAGAAUCCUUCCAGGAGUGCAUGGAGGCGUGGCGAAGAAGGAUGGGAAAGUGCCUUCAGGAUCCUGAUUUGCAUGUUUUUCAGUUCACCAGGUCUGUUUAUAAUGCUGCUAUUUAUGAGAACUCUCCGGCUCGGUCCUACUUAAGGAGUGAGGUCAAAAUGGGGAUAAUUCUAUCAAAGUCCAUCUCAUGGGACAUUGAAUACUUCAUUGUGUCUGGAGAUGAUAAGGGGCUGUUUGAAGCCGAGAAGUAUGUUCUGGGAGACUUCUGUUUUCUACGCAUCCAUACUAAGGGUGAAAGCGCUGACAUUUUGAACCGUGAGAUAAAGGAUAACUACACAUUAAGUGUAAGAGCUACAUCCAUUGGUGGUUUGAAUGCAUCUACAAAAGUCAGUGUACAAGUCAUGGACAUGAAUGACCUUCGACCUUUAUUCUCACCUACCAGUUAUACCAUCACUAUACCUGAAAGCACCCCACUGGGUGCCAGCAUUGCCCAGGUUACUGCCACGGAUGCUGACGUAGGCUCCAAUGGCGAAUUCUAUUAUUUCUUCUGGAAAUUAUUGGAGCACUUUGCUGUCCAUCCCACCAGUGGCAUUAUAUAUCUUACCGCCAAACCCAAUGCUGAUGAGAACACAAAAUUUGAGCUUGAGGUUUUGGCAGUUGAUCAUGGAAUGAAAAUAUAUGAGAAUGACGGUGUGAGCAGCACAGCAAAAGUAAUGAUCAACGUCAUACGUGUUAAUGAAUUUUCACCAACACUAAAUGUGGUUGCACUUGAGCCAUCUUUAAAAGACAAAGAGCCAGUAUAUGCUGUGGUCACAGUGGAGGAUCUGGAUGAAGGUCCAAAUGGGGAAAUUGAGUGGGUUGGUAUCAUCGAAGGUGACCCACUGGAGCACUUUGUUCUCAAGAAAGCACCACGUGGCAAAGAUUACUUGCUGAAAAUGUCUGAACCGAUAGACUGGAAUACAUUUCCAUCUGCCUAUAAUCUCACUUUCCAAGCCAAAGACAGAGGCAUACCUCCAAGGUUUUCCAACACUCAGUUUCUUCAACUCUUGGUGAAAAGGCCAGAGCCUGUGCUUUAUAAAUUUGAGGAAGAUAUUUACAAAGCUACAGUUAAUGAGAUGGCUCCUCCUGGAACUAUUAUACAGACUGUUGCAAUCUCUCCUAAGCCACAGUGUGCCAACUAUUGCUUAAGUCUCACCUCAGAUUCUACAUAUUUCAGUAUUAAUACCUUUGCUGGCGUCAUUUCAACAUUAAGGCCAUUUACCAUGCAAGGACAACAGCUUUUUGAACUAGAGGUAAUAGAGGCUGUGAGUGGUCUGAGCAUCAAAGUACAGAUUACUGUAGAGGAUGCUAACGAUAACGUUCCAAUAUUCACCCAAGCAUUCUACAAAGUGUCUGUCAAUGAGAAUACUGCAGUUGAUACUGUUAUACUUGUCAUAUCAGCAGUAGACGAUGACCAAGGGGAUAAUGGACGCAUAACGUACAGUAUACCAAGCCUUCAGCCUCUGCCCUUCAAAAUUAACCAAAAUACAGGUGAACUUAUGAGCUCAGAAGAACUUGAUUUUGAAUCGUCUUUGGAAACAUAUGUUUUCCGUGUCCGGGCUUCUGACUGGGGAUUGCCUUAUCGAAGAGAGAGUGAGGUAAACGUUACAGUACAAAUCACGAACAUCAAUGACAAUCCACCCCUCUUUGAACGUGUGUCAUGUAAAGGAAUAAUUACUCAAGAGUUCACUGUAGGCCAGACAAUAAUCACUUUUUCUGCCAUUGACAUCGAUGAGCUUGGUUUGGUAAAAUAUAACAUAUUGUCUGGAAAUGAACCGGGCUUCUUCAGCUUGAAUCCAGACUCUGGGAUGCUGUCACUGAGGAAGUCUCUUGUUGGCGCUAAUGUCAUAAACGAAGUGUUCACUUUGAAAAUAUCAGCCACAGAUGGCAAGUUAUUCUCUGAGCCCACCUUUAUCAACAUAUCAGUUGUGAAAGGGAAAGUUUCAUCAAGGAAUUUUUAUUGUAAUGACACAAAAGUUGGACAACAAAUAGCUGAACGGCUUCUCAAAAAAGCCAGCGCAGUAGACAAGUCAAAGUUUGAAGAAGGUUACAGUGACCUAUAUUCUGUCAACCGUCACACACCUCAGUUUGUAUCAUUUCCCUCUGAUAUAGUAAUUCGUGAAGAUUUGCCUGUUGGAUCAACUGUUGUUAAAGUGAACACCGUUGACAAAGAUACAGGCUUCAAUGCUCGCAUUCUCCAUGUUAUAUCAGACGGAAAUACUGACGGCUGUUUCAAUAUCGAUAUGGAAACUGGGGUGAUUUAUAUCUAUCAGCCACUGGAUCGUGAAAGGUCAGACCGGUAUGUCCUUAAUAUAAGUAUAUAUGACAUGGGUCUGCUUCAAAGGUCUAGCUGGAGGAUGAUAACUAUAAACAUUGAUGAUGCAAAUGAUAACAGCCCACGGUUCUCCUUGGAGAGCUACACUGCAGUGGUCCCAGAGAACACAGCCAUUGGCACAGAAGUGAUCCAGAUUGUAGCCUCAGAUAUUGACCUGGAUCAUAACGGUGAAAUCUUUUACACAUUAUUGACCAGUACACCUCUUUUCAUCAUUAACAGUGCCACUGGGUGGGUCUAUGUUUCUGGCCAGUUGGACAGUGAGUCACUGUCAGAUAUUACCCUGAAAAUCGAAGCCAAAGACAAGGCAGAGAGAGGGAAUCAAAGAUCCUCCGUAACAACUCUAAAGGUCUACCUGGAGGAUUUGAAUGACUGCCCACCCAUGUUUAUUCCCAAGAGUUAUAACUGCCGUGUACUGGAAGACAUUCCUGUAGGCACCGUCAUCACAUGGUUGCAAACCCAAGAUCCUGACCCUGGACUUGGGAGAGCAAAUUAUUUCCUGACCAAUGACUUCAACGGGACAUUCAAGAUUAAUAUGGAGAGUGGAGCAGUCAAGGUGGCCAAGGGACUGGACUUUGAAAAGCAGCAGUUCUACAAUCUCUCUGUGAUUGCAGAAGAUUGUGAUUUCUCCGCUCAACUCCGUUCUUUCUCUUAUGUUGAAGUGGAGGUGAUUGAUGUUAAUGAAAACUUCAAUGAGCCCAGCUUCUCUGAAUUUGCAGUGAAAGCCACCGUUAAGGAGAACUCACGCCUUGGAACAAGUGUGGUUCAAGUCACUGCUCAGGACAACGACAAGGGCAGGGAUGGCCUACUAAAAUACUCAAUCAAAUCUGGAAGUGGCCUUGGCUGGUUCUUCAUUGACGAAGAGACUGGCGUGAUCUACACUUCUAGUAUUCUAGACUGUGAGAGGCAGGACUCCUACUGGUUAACCGUCUAUGCUACAGACCAAGGGGUUGUGCCACUCUCUACUUCCAUUGAGGUCUAUGUCCAGGUGGAGGAUGUCAAUGAUAAUGCCCCUUUGACCUCUGAACCCAUCUAUCAUCCUUAUGUCUUGGAGAAUUCACCCAAAGAUGUUUCAGUGGCGCGUGUACAGGCCAACGACCCUGACGUCACUUCUUUUGCCAACCAUCUCAUGUACCGCAUCACUGCUGGAAACCCACAAAACUUCUUCACCAUCAAUUCCAAGACAGGUCUCAUCACUACAACAUCAAGAAAACUGGACAGAGAGCAGCAAGCCGAACAUAUUUUGGAGGUUUCCAUUACGGAUGGCAGUGGUGUCUCCAGGCAGUCCACAGUGUGGGUAAUAGUGCAUAUUCAAGAUGAGAACGACAACACACCAGAAUUCCCACAGAGAGUCUACUGCAUAAGUCUCCCAGAGCGGGACUGGAAUAAAUAUGGUGAUCCUGUCUAUAGAGUUUUUGCAUAUGACCGGGAUGAAGGGCCUAAUGCAGAACUCACAUACAGCAUAGUGGAUGGAAAUGAAGACAGGAAGUUCUUCAUUGACUCCAAAACUGCAAUGGUGUACUCCAGAAAGAUGGUUACAGCAGGAGCUAAUGACAUCCUCACGAUAAAAGCCGUGGACAAUGGGAUCCCGCAGAAGUGGUCAACUGUACAGCUACGUGUCGAGUGGAUCAGAAAACCUUUGCCUUUCCCAAAGGCCUUGCAAUUCAUGGUGUCUAGCUAUAACUUUGUUAUUGCAGAGAAUGCUAAAGUUUUUGAAAAUGUGGGCACCAUCUUUGUCCGGCAAACAGAAACACCCCUCUGGUUUGAGAUCACUGAAAACUAUGAUGGAACGUUUGACAUCCAGAGGGGAAUGGGGACUAUAGUUUUGGUGAAGCCUCUGGAUGCAGAAAAUCAGUCACUUUACAACUUGACUGUUCAGGUGACUGACGGAACAAAUACAGCAACUACACAGGUUCAUAUCCGAGUUUUGGACGACAAUGAUAACGCUCCCGUGUUCUCCCAACCUGUAUAUCAGGUGUCAGUUUUAGAGAACACACCAGUGAACACUGAGGUGUUGCGUGUCAAAGCUACAGAUAGUGAUGAACGAGCCAAGCUGAGUUAUUCUAUUCAUGGUAGUGUGGAUCUGCUCAGCAUGCGUAUGUUUCGGAUUGAUGUUGGCACUGGUGUCAUUUACACUGCUGAUGUAUUGGACUACGAGGCAUGCACACAGCAUAUCCUUACUCUUAUGGUGAAAGACCAGGAAUUCCCUUACUACAGAGAUUUGGCUCGGAUUAUUGUGAAUAUAGAGGAUUCCAAUGACCAAAGUCCUUUUUUUACACGGUCAGUGUAUGAUGGAGUGGUAACUGAUGCUGCCUUUCUUGGGAUGCCUUUGAUCCAGGUCUCAGCCUUAGACAGAGACACAGGGAGGAAUAAAGAGCUGGUAUACUCCAUUGAAGCAGGUAACAUAGGAGGUGCAUUUGGAAUUGAUCCACUGUCUGGCACCAUUUCAGUGGCCAGAGACAUGGACAUCACAUUUGUUGGCCAUUACAUCCUUACUGUUUGUGCCACAGAUGGAGGCAAUCCACCACUAAGUACAACAGCCACUGCUAGAAUUGCCAUCUCACUCUCAAACUUCUCUAGUCCCAAAUUCACCCAACUAGAGUACCAAGCUGAGAUCCCUGAGAAUAUGCCUGUUGGAACCUUUGUUACUAAUAUCAUAGCCAUAAGCCCCUCAGAAGUCAUUUACAAUAUAGCGCAAGGGAAUAAUGAGAAGAAGUUUAGAAUUAACCAGUAUACAGGUGUAAUUGUGACUCAGAAGUCCUUGGAUUUUGAAACCAUAGCAUCCUACAUAUUGGUUAUCCAGGCUGCCAACAUGGCAGGGAUUGUUUCCAGUACUACACUCAGUAUUCAAGUGGUUGAUAAGAAUGAUAAUCCACCUGUAUUUAAACAGCUGUGCUACUCAGGGAGCAUUAGUGAAGUAGCCCCCAUCAACAGUGUGGUUUUGGGUGAGGAUGGAAGUCCCCUAGUGAUCCAAGCUACUGAUUCUGAUAAGAACCAGAAUUCUCUAUUAGUCUUUCAGAUUGUUGAAGAUAUGGCUAAAUUAUUCUUCACUGUUGACCCUGGUACUGGCUCAAUCAGGAACAUUGCCAGUCUGGACUAUGAGACCUUGAGUGAAUUUUACUUCCAUGUUAGUGUCAGGGAUAGCGGUAGCCCAGAGUUGACUGCAGAUAGUCCAGCUAAAGUUUUAAUAAAGGUUGUGAACAUCAAUGAUUCUCCUCCCAGAUUCUCUCAAUACACUUAUAACACUGUUGUGCUGCUUCCUACAUAUUCUGGCAUAGAGGUUUUGAGGGUGGAGGCAUCUGACCCUGACAUGAGUAUGAAUUCAAUUUAUUAUUUUACUGAAAACAACUUGGAGCCCUUUGCCAUUGAUUCCAGCACUGGCAUUCUCACAGUCAAAAACAGCAAACUGUCCCAAGACCGCUACAGUUUCAAUGUAAAGGCAUCAGAUGGACGUGACUCCUGCACAGCUCUUGUGACAGUAAUAAUCCGCGAGGCUAUGGACAGUGGCCUUUUGUUCAGUCAGCCUUCAUAUAUCUCCUCUGUGCUGGAGAACACCUCAAACAUAUCUACCAUAAUGGUGGCCAAUGCUAUAGGAAACCAUCUGAAUGAGCCAAUCAAAUAUGCAGUGUUAAAUGCAGGGAUCCACUUUAAAAUUGGACCCACAUCUGGGGUCAUAAAGACCACGGGGAUCUCAUUCGAUCGUGAAGAGCAAGAGGUCUAUGAGCUGAUGGUGGAGGCAAGUCGCGAAUAUGAUUGGAUGAGGGUUGCCAGGGUGAUUGUACAAGUGCAAGUGGAAGACAUCAAUGAUAAUGCCCCUGAGUUUGUUGGCCUACCGUACUAUGCUGCUGUGCAGGUUGAUACACAAAUAGGCUCUUCCAUAUUUCAGGUGUCAGCUACAGACUUAGACAAAGGAAUAAAUGCAAUGGUUUCCUAUGAGCUCAAGAAUGAGGACAGAUAUUUUAAGCUAAACAGUACAACAGGUGAACUCAGCCUUCAAAAGACCUUUGUUGAAGACAUGUCCAAUGUUGAGUAUUCAUUGGUCAUUGUUGCACGUGAUGCUGGCUACCCCUCUCUUUCCACUGCAGUAGAACUCACAGUCAAAGUAGUUAACAAAGCCAUGCCUGUUUUUGACAAAAGUUUUUAUGGCAUUUCUGUUAGAGAGGACAUACCUGUGUCAAGCCCAAUUCUCAAGAUUAAUGCUUUGAGUCGUGAAGGACAGAGCAUCAUUUACACCAUUGUGAAUUGGGAUUCCUCUCUUCAGUUUGACGUUGGUUUUGAGACUGGUGUGAUCAGUAUAAUUUACCCUUUAGAUUAUGAGACUAUUCCCUAUUACAAGCUAAUAGUCAAGUCCACUGAUGCAUUCACUGGAGCUACAUCAGAGGUGGAUGUUAACAUUGAUGUUUUAGAUGUAAAUGACAAUGCCCCUGUAUUUGACAAAGCCUCAUAUACUGUUACUGUAGCUGAGAACUCAAUGCCUGGGACUGCAGUAGUACAACUUCUGGCAACAGACAAUGAAUCUGAACAUUGUGCUAUUCACUAUGAGAUUAUCACAGAUGUGUUGAACUGCACAGACUAUUUUGACAUUGACAGUGCCACUGGUCUUAUUGUUACAGCCCGUCUUUUGGACUAUGAAUUUAUCAAAUAUUAUAGCUUCAUUGUCCGAGCAACAGACAAUGGCUCUCCAGCCCAGAGCAGUGAGGUCACAGUUAAUGUCUUCAUAAAUGACACAAAUGACAACCCUCCAUCCUUUAACCAGCCACUCUAUGAAGCUUUUGUUAAUGAACUUGCUCCCAGGGGGCACAUUAUAACCUGCGUUCAGGCUUCUGAUGUGGACAUCUCUGAUUUUGGCAGGCUAAGAUAUAGCAUUCUUUCUGGAGAUGAUAGGAUGAACUUUUUAAUGGAUAAUGAAACAGGUGUCAUCUCUCUGUCACACCAGCAUUUGCAGCACAUGCAGCAGAUAUACAUGCUCAAUGUGUCUGCAUCAGAUGGAGUGUUCACUAGUACAGCACAGGUAAACAUCUGGAUACUGGGGGCUAACCUACAUAAUCCUGUCUUUAGUCAGAGAUUUUACUUUGCUGAGAUACAAGAGAAUGUACCUUCAGGAGCUAAGGUUAUUCAAGUGCAAGCCACAGAUGAGGACUUUGGGGGUUUUGGUCAGAUAACAUAUUCAUUUAUUAAUGACCUUGGAAAGACUCUGUUUAUUAUAGGAGCAGAUGGAGUGAUCACCACUGCCCAAAAAUUAGACAGAGAGAAUCCAAUGAACAGGGACAUUGUGCUGAUAGUAAUGGCUCUUGAUGGAGGUGGAAGAGCAGCCUUCUGUAGUGUUAAAGUAAUGCUAACAGAUGAGAAUGAUAAUGCACCACUCUUCAGGGCUGCAGAGUAUAGAGUUAGCAUUAAAGCUAAUAUAGCAAUUGGUACACUUGUGACUCAGAUCCAGGCUCAGGACCCAGAUGCUGGGGACAAUGGCAAGGUGGCUUAUUCACUGUACAGUGAGGCAAAGCUUCCUCUGGUGGAUGUGUUAGAAAUUGAGCCUGAUAGUGGGUGGAUGGUCACAAAGGGAAGCAUGGCUCAUUUGAGAGGAACUGUUCUAUCAUUCUUUGUCAAGGCCACAGAUGGAGGAGUCCCUUCUAAGCACUCAUUGGUGUCUGCAUUCGUCCAUGUAUUGCCACCUGAUGCUAACAUACCAGCAUUCACUCAGCCCCAAUACUCUUUUACUGUACUAGAGGAUACACCAAUUGGAACAGCCAUAGGUUCAGUGUACCUGAGUCUAGGCCAGACAGCAAUUUUUGCUGUGGUAAAUGGGGAAACAGUAGAGAGCAACCAGGGUAAAAUGUUUGUAAUGGAGAGAGAAACUGGGAUCCUCAGGCUUGAUAAUACAUUAGACUAUGAACUGGUCAACAUCUAUCGCUUCAAAGUGUCUGCCACCAUGAGAGAAGAUUUAGUAGAAUCCAUGUCUGUUGUUGAGGUGGAGGUGAAAGUCCUUGAUGUGAAUGACAAUAAGCCCUCCUUCGAGACUAACUCAUAUGUAGCUAUGGUAAUGGAGGGCAUGCCUGUAGGUACAAGAGUCAUGCGGGUACAUGCUCUGGACCGUGACUGGGGGUCCAAUGGCCAGGUUACCUACAGCCUUGGAUCAUUCUUCAAUCAUGGGAAAGUGCAAACCUCUAAGAGAAACUCUACUACCAACACCAUGUUUGCAGUUGACAGUAAAACUGGAUGGAUCACCACUCUUGGAGACCUGGACCAUGAAAUAUGUCCAUCUUACACAUUCAGUGUGGUUGCCUCAGAUCUAGGGGAGGCAGUCUCUCUCUCUUCUACUGCUGUGGUUACUGUUGCCAUUGCUGACGUCAAUGACAACCCUCCUAUUUUUGAGAGGGACUUCUACAGGGCUGCUUUGAGGGAGAAUGACCCAAUAGGAGAAGUAGUGUCUGUUCUCAGCACCCGAGACUUGGACACCUCUGAUCAGAAUAGGCUGGUCAGCCUCCAUAUCACAGGGGGUGACCCUGCAGGGGUGUUUGCACUAGCUUCAGUGCAAGGAGUGUGGAAGUUGUCUGUGAAGCGGCCACUGGAUAGGGAAAAUCAGGAUCGAUAUCUACUCAAUAUCACGGCCUCUGACAGCUUGUUUGCCACCCAAGUGAUUGUAGAGGUCACCAUCAUAGAUACCAAUGACAACAGCCCCAUAUGUAACCAGGCUAUAUAUGAAGCCUCAUUUCCAGAAGACAUACCCAUUAAUUAUGGAAUUCUGACUGUUGGGGCCACAGACUCUGACAUAGGCACAAAUGCAGAAAUUCAGUACUCCUUAUUUGGUAUAGGAGUCGAAGACUUCUACAUGGAUAUUAACACUGGUGAGCUGAAGAGUGCCUCUCUGAUUGACCGGGAGAGGACUCAGACCUAUAACCUGAUAGCCCAGGCUACAGAUGGAGGUGGCUUAUUCUGUCGCUCUGAGAUCUUUCUCACCAUAAUAGAUGUAAAUGACAAUGCGCCAUCCUUCUUUUUCACUGAGUUUCUCAUCAAUGUAUUUGAGAAUACUGCACCUAAAACCUUGCUAACACGUUUGCAAGCUGUGGAUCCUGAUGAGAGCUUGAACAGAAGAAUCAUGUACUCUCUAGUGGACUCUGCUGAAGGUGUCUUCUCGAUUAACCAUUUAUCUGGAGUGGUAAUUCUAGAGAAGCCUCUGGACCGAGAGAUCCAAGACACAUACCGGGUGAGGGUCCAGGCUGCAGACCAGGCAGGGGCAGCCGGCUCUCUCUCCACACAGGUAGACCUCGUUGUCAUGGUUCUGGAUGUGAACGAUAACCCACCAGUCUUCCAGAAGCAGGACUAUGCUGUUACAGUGCCUGAGGAUGUUGCUGUGGGAACAGAGCUGUUGAGGGUCUUUGCUUCCAGUAAAGACAUUGGUGUCAACGCUGAGAUCUACUACAGUAUCAGUACAGGCAACGAACUUGGGAAGUUUUACAUUGAUAAGACCAUAGGCAGCAUCUCAGUAGCUGAUGAUUUGGACUAUGAAGUGUGUAAAGACUUUUUCCUCAAAGUUGAGGCUGUGGAUGGUGGAACCCCUCCUCUAAAAACAUCCACAAUCAUAAGCAUUGAAGUGAUGGAUGUUAAUGAUAAUGCACCUUUCUUUAGUGAGGAGAUUUAUAAUGUUCUGGUUAGUGAAGACACUGCCAUUGGAGAGACAAUUACUCGGUUAUUCGCAGAAGACCUUGACAGCCAAGUAAACGGGCGAAUUACUUACUCAAUCUUGAGAGGAGACCAAGGGAACCAGUUCUGGAUCAAUCCUGUCACAGGACUACUGAAGGUCAACAAGGCACUUGAUAGAGAGCAGGUCCCCAGCUACAUGCUGUUAGUCCAGGCAUUCGAUAGUGGAUCUCCUGCAAUGUCCACGACAGUAACUGUGAAUAUUGAUAUUGCUGAUGUGAAUGACAAUGCUCCAGUGUUUGCCCCAGAGAAUGCUUCAGCAGUUAUUCAGCUGAACAAACCUGCAGGUACCACCGUCCUGACAUUAUCUGUCUGUGAUAAUGACUCUGCACGAAAUGGAGGCCCUUUUGAAUUCUUAAUUGUAUCUGGGAAUGAGGACAAUGCAUUCACCCUCGACAGGAAUGGAGAGCUGCGCUCAAACAAAGUGUUUGGACCACAUGCCACAGGGGAGUAUGUUCUUGAGAUACAGGCAUGGGACUCUGGGAAGCCUCGCUUGUCAUCAUCCUCUUUCGUGGUUGUGCGUGUGAUUGGAGGAAAUGUCUUUAAGCCUGUGGUCUUUCCUCUGGAGAUUGUUAUAGUGAUGGUGGAAGAUGUGUUUCCUGGUGGCAUCAUUGGAAGGAUCUAUGCCAGCGAUGAAGAUGAAAAUGACAAGUUGUCUUUCACACAGCAGCCUCAGUCAAAAAGCCUGUUCAGGAUCAAUCAACAGGAUGGCAAGAUUGUGGCCCUGAGUGGCCUGGAGCCUGGCAGGUACUUCAUUAAUGCCACGGUCAGUGAUGGACAUUUCUCUGAAACAGUGGGUGUAAAUGUGCAGGUGAAGGUGGCCACAGAGGACAUGGUGCAGAAUGCUGUCAUGCUGCGCUUUCAGGACCUCUCUCCUAAGGACUUUGUGGGUAUAUACGUAAGACAGUUGAAGAGAAUGCUCCAGAAUGCACUGGUUGGGGCCGGAGUGGCACAGACCCCAGAGCCUAUGCACAUUAUAGGGGUGCAGUCAGUGGCACAGUCUUCCCAGUUGGAGGUGCUUUUGGUAGUGGAGGCACAGGAGGGAGGGUAUCUGGGGCCUGGGGAGCUGGCACUGAGGCUGGGUGAACUGCGGGGAAAGCUAGGAGGAAGACUGCCGUUGGUGGAAGUGCUCGAUCAGAGCUGCUCAGGAGAAUUGGACUGUGGUGACGGUGUGUGUGAGCUUAGCCUGAAGCUGGAACCUGUUGACUUGAUCACCUAUGGUACCUCUAAAGUGAGCUUUGUCUUGCCAGGUUUCCGGCGCACUGAGACCUGCACCUGCUCAGGUGGGAUAUGUUCAAAAUCUGCAGAGCUUUGUGAAGGCCAGGCCUGUCCUCCUGACAUGCAAUGUGUACGUAGUGCCUCAACAGUUCCCUCUGCUUGCCAGUGCCUGCCUGAAACUCUCCACCAGUGUGCAGGUCAGACAUCUUUGAGUUUUUCAGGAAACAGCUAUAUUAAGUACAAAGUAACAACUAGCAGUAAGGAUCCGGAUAUGAAGAUUGGCUUGAAGAUCAGAACCCUGCAGAACAGAGGAGUCAUAAUGUAUAGACAUGCUGAGCUCUGCCACAUGCUAAAGAUUGAGGAAGGGCGCCUCUGGUUCCAGUUGGAUUGUACCAACAGCCUGGAUGUGCUGGGCAUCUCUGGGCAUCCCAUAAAUGAUGGUGCAUGGCAUACUGUGGCCUUGGAACUGACUUACAACUACACGCUGCUCUCGCUGGAUGACAGCUAUGUGGAGCGCUGGCAUGCUGCCCAGGUCCCUAUUCAUCUCUGGCCACCUGGCACCAAUGCUUCACUGUUUUUUGGGGCCCAGGUGCUACAGAGAGGUGCACACAGGCACUCCCAGUCAUAUAAUGGUUUCCAGGGCUGCCUGAGUGCUGUAACACUGAAUGGCAAUGAGCUGCCACUACAGAGUAAGAGGAACCGCCAUGGGGAGUUGACAACCAUCCGUGAGGUGAAGAUGGGCUGCGUGCUCUAUCCUAACCCCUGCCUGGGGGUGUCAUGCCAGAACGGUGCCACCUGCAAUAGUCUGCCAUCCGGAGCAUUUUCCUGCAGUUGCCCACCACAAUACACCGGUAUGUUCUGUGAGAUGGAGGUCUCAUCCUGUAUCCCCACACCAUGUCGGAAUAGAGGAGAGUGCAAAGCCGUGGGCAACACUUUUCUUUGUGGCUGCCCAAAAGGCUUCACUGGACUCAUAUGCGAUGAGGAUGUGAACGAGUGUGACAGAGAGGAGUGUGAGAACGGCGGCACGUGUGUGAACACGUUCGGUGCAUUCUACUGUAAUUGCACAGCUGGCUUUGAGGGCCAGUUCUGUGGACAGCCAUCAGCAGGUGUAGUGGGAACACAGGCCGAGAUGUCAUCCUACAUUGGCCCAGCAGAAGUGAUUGGCAUUGGCGUUUUGCUUUUUGUGGUGUUGGUGCUUCUCAUUCUGCUGGCUGUUUUCCAUAAGAAGCUUCUACGCAAGGACUGGGUCAGCGCUGAGUCAGCAGGUAUCUCCACAGGAAAUGGCUAUCGCCUGCGUGAAAUGUGUGCAGGUGCUGAGGGCACUGGAGGGCCUCCACAGGUCAUGGUGCGCCCUACUGCUUACACAACACCCCGGUGUCAGGGAGAGAAAUCAGCAGGUCUUGGCAAUGUCUCAUUCCCACCUCCAAUGGGUACAUUUCAGAUAACAUCACACAACCUGGGCAUAGCCAGAAGAGGGGUAGCUGUGUGUAGUGUUGCUCCAAAUCUGCCUUCGUUGUUGCCCAACUUCCCCCUCCGCAGACCUCCUUGGGAGGAUGAUGAUGAUGAUGAGGAGGACGACGACGAAUGUGAAGCUCAAGCCUUCAAAUGGCAAGAUAGAAAGUAUUGGGCAGAUGGACCGGAAAUUAGCACAAAAUGGGAAUCCAAUAGUACAGUGGAAGAGGCCUCUUGUUUUUCAGAUAGCAGUACAAGUGACGCUCCCUCUGCCAGAUCUGACUUGCGCGAUGACAACGCUUCCAUCGUGACAGUGAUACGGCGGGUCAGUGAUGCAGUGGACAACAGUGAAAAUGAAGUUAAUCCACAUCUCAAUCAAGUGGAUCAAACAUGCGUUGAAUACAUCAAAGAAUUCUUUGUCAAUUCAUACUGUUGGGAGGCUACAGAUUGGAUUCCUGACACCUUACUGACAGACCUGGAAUCCACUAACAGACCGCAUUCUCCUACUCGUACUCCUCCACCAGCUCCUCUCGCCCUUACUCCUACACAACUGAGUGGCAGCGUCCUUCUAAGUGGCAGUACGCACUCCCUGGAUACCAGUUAUCCCUUACAUAGGUAUGAAGGCCACAGAGAUGUCUAUUCUUCCUUAUCUAGGGAGAAGUGCCCUGUCCCAGUGUGUGAGGAGUGCCAGGAUGAGGAGAGUCUUUCCCAAGGGGGCUAUAACGAGGGGAUUGCCAAUGCUUCCUGCUAUCACUCUAGUCAUAGGGAAGAAAGGCUUCAUGUCUGGAAAGACUCCUAUUCCUUUGGCAGUCAUAGGGAGAUCAGCAAACUUGGGGACAGACAGUCAUUUGGAGUUCAGUGCUCACACAGUAACCAGCACAGC